AUGUUGUCCAGAAGAGUACUAUCGAAAGAGGAAGAAUCAGAAUCGACCGACGCAGAAGUCACCAAAGAAGACCAGGACAAAAUCAACACAUUCUCCAGACUGCACAAUCGCAGUAAAGUGCUUGAAGAAGAACUAAGCGCCAAGCAGAAAGACAAAGAAGAUCUCGAAGAAGUAUCAACGGAACUCGAGCUGGCCGACGAAGACGCUUUGAUUCCAUACAAAAUCGGCGACUCCUUCAUGCACGUCUCGUUGACCGAUGCGCAAGAACUGCUCGCAUCCGCGAGUGAGGAGCUGGAGGCUGAACUGUCGUCACUAGGCGAAGAGUUGUCGUCGAUCAAGGAAGAAAUUACGGCACUCAAGGCCCAUUUGUACGCCCGAUUUGGCAGGGGAAUUAACCUCGAGGCUUGA